AUGUCAGACCACCGGCUUUCUUUUCUUGUCGGAUGCUUGAAUUGGUUGAUUUUCUUCGCCGGCUCGACGAUCGUUCAUGAGAACGCAACGGGAGUCGAUGUCACGCCCAGAAUCUUGUCGCGGCCUAAGAGGUACUUGAUUUUUCCGCACGGUAGUAAUUUUCAGUUAGUGUAUUGUCUGACUAUCGGAGCGUACGGCCGAGACGGUGAUUUGGUGCUGGGACUGACAGCUGCCUUAGCCUGGGAACUUCCGAGUAAGGUCGACUCAAAGAUAUCGAAUUUGCUUCACCGUAGAAGCCGGAGCGUCGUAUAUCCGAAAAUGGAGGCUUUCUUGCAAUCCGCCGGCUUCGACGGCAGAUCCUGCGUGAUGAGGGCACUCUGCGAGGCAGGCCAGCGAGAUCCUUCCCGGAUAGGCACGGGAUCCUUCGUCCAAGAGCUCCUUCACGCAAUUUUCACAUUGCCAAGGGACGGUGCCAGAUUCGAGCGAUCCGGGGACCGCGCUUACGAUCGCGCAUACGAGGCAGGCGGAAACUGCGAACGGUUGUAUCCCACGUGUCGGCACUCCAUUUACGACGUGGAGUUUUGA